CUCAGUCAGGCUGAGAUAGUGGAGAUAACAUCCCUAGUGAAACACUGCACUGGAAGGAUUUUGAAGCCUAUGCAGGAGUUUCUGAGGAGCAAAACUGUGAAAGCAAGAAAAGUAACACAGAAGCAAAUGAAAGUAAUUUGCUGCAGACAUCUGACAACUGGUGUGGCGUGCUGAGUCAUGGGGACGAGCAAUCAAGAUGUGGCGUGUUAUCUGGUCACAAAACAUUCAGCAUGGAAGGGAAAGUACAAGCGCAUUUUCAGUGUUGGCAAUGCCAGCAUCACUACAUACAACCCUGGGAGCAUGGAGGUGACCAACCAGUGGUACUACCAUGACUUCAUCAACAUCACACCAGCCCUCAAAGGGGUUGGACAGGUUCCAAAUGAGUACAUAAUCACAAUGCGAAAAGGCAAAAAGGUGGACAACAUGCGCUUCUCCUCUGAACACCGCACAGACAUCCUCACAGAAGCUCUCAUAUUCAGACACAACUUUGUUGAUCCAAUUAUUGACAACCUGAGAGCCAAUGCCCAGAAGGUGCACUGGUCAGAGGCGAGGCAUCCGGUGGUGCUGGAGGUGACGCCAUGUUCACUAGACCAGCUGGACUCAGCGACAGGAACCCCACUUGCCUCCUACCUGUUUAGGGAUAUUGAGGCCCUCGUCCCUGUGUCGGACAUCUCUGGUGGCCUGUGCAUCCAGAGUGGAGGAUUUGGAAGGCUACAUAUAUUUUCAACUGAUCGUAGAGAUGAAAUUUUGAAGAAGGUUGAAGACAAUGCCAAAAAAUAUAUAGGUAUAUCUAUCCCAGCCAAAAAGGUUAGCAUAACUCUACAGAAAGCCAUGGAGACCAGACUUGGAAAAUACAGUGGGGAUGAGCACAUUACAUCAUUAUGUGAAUUUCCGGUGCACAAAGUAAGUCACAGACACAACGACCCAGUGAGAAGGACGCUGUGUGUGAGCGAGACCUGUCUUUUGGAACGAGACCCAAACUCCUAUGCCGUGGUCACCCUGCGGCCACUCUCUGACGUGUUUGCUCUAGUCAGAAAUCAAGAGAACCCUCAGAUGCUCUCAGUAGAGUAUGUUCGUGGAGGAAAUAGAGUUUAUACAUCUUCAGACAGAGACUCCCUUCUGGCCUCCCUCAUCGAUGGUGUGCGGGCCUCGGGAAACCUUGAUGUCCACGUGCGUAUGACACCAACAUCCCGGGGCCGCCGUCUAGGGCCGUUGGAGGUGCCGGUGGACGAGGAGGUGGAGUCAAUGCACCUUAAGUUUCUGCAACAGCCUCCCAUUGGCUGGACCUACGUGGAAGCUGUAGAGAGGUUCAACGCUAAUGUCUCCUAUUCAGGCCUCCUUCAUGCCGUCACUGGAGAGGGUCUGUUUGCUGAGAACAAGGAACGUCUGAUCACGGGGGGCAUUGGGUCUCUUGUGGUGCGAGAGGGGGACCAAGCCACCUUACCUGCUGAUGAAGUGGAGGCACAGUUCCAUGCCCUUAGGAGACUUGUUGCUUCCAAAGCUGGAUUUGCCUGCCUCACAUCUUUGCCUGGGUUCCGAGAGAAGGUUGGUGUGAAGGUGGUGAAGGCGCUGAUGAGGAACGAUGACGGGAUCAACCACGCUGCACUGGACAUGCUGUGCGCCAUAAUGCAGCCGAUGCACGACAACCCUGACCUCAAGCAGGAGCAGCUCAACAAGGCCUCCCUCCUAGCCUCACCCAAGUUCCAAGAGAAGCUUUUGGAGACUUGGGUUUAUCAUGUUACCCAUGGCACAGGAGCCCUUGUAGUGUCUGCCAUGCUGGACUUCCUGACCUUCGCCCUCUGCAACCCUUAUAGUGAGACAACUGAUGGCUCUCAUUUUGACCGGUUGCUACAGAUGGUGGCUGACAACGGCAGGUCCUUGUACAGACUCUUUCAGCACCCAUCGCUUGCUAUUGUCAAGGGAGCUGGAUUGAUCUUAAAAGCUGUGAUAGAAGAAGGUGAAACCGACAUCCCAACGCGCAUGCAGCUGCUGGCCCUGACCGAGGGUGCCCUCCCCCACCACUUGUUUACCGCCCUCUUUACCCAGACUUCAGACGGGCGGCUCCUCACCCACCGCCAGUUGUCACGCAGCCUUGUCGCACUCUGGUCAGCAGAGAACAGACUUGCAAUUGAACUCUUGGGACGGAUUGUGCCUUCAGGACUGUUAGCCUUCCUUGAGAGUAAAGAAACUGUUCCGCUUGAUGACAUAGACCGCCUCAACACUCGAGACAACCUCAAACUGGCGGAGGAGGAUGAAGAGAGGAAUAAGAAGAACCAGGUGCUUGACACUCUGGACCGGGCAUACAAGACCUCGGUGAAGAAGGUGGAGCAUCUCAUGGAGAGGCAUAUGGAUAAAAUAGAGACUGUGGAAAGAAAGUUGCAAGUAGGAGCCAAGCACAUAGAGGCUUACUACGAAGUCUAUCUGGAGAGACACGUUGAUUUUGCUCUUCAACACUGGAGGUCAAGGAUGAAAAAGGAGAAGAGUGUGGAGGAAAAAUUUAGGGAACGGCCUCUCGUCCUCAGGAAAAGAAGAGAAAAGCUUAAGUCUACUGCCAACUGGCCUCUCUUCUACUAUAAGUUCAACCAGGACCAUGCCCUUCCUAAUCUAAUAUGGAAUUAUAAGACGAGAGAAGAGCUGAGGGUGUCUCUGGAGUCUGAGAUGCGAGCCUUUUCCGAGGACCGGGAUGUGCGCGGUGCCAUGGUGGUGGCGUGGAACCAUCAGGAGUUUGAGGUUAGUUAUCCAUCGCUGAAGGAUGAAAUCAAGAUUGGAGACUAUUACCUCAGGAUCCUUCUAGAGCAGGAAAACGCCACAGCUGAGGAGGAGUCACCAAUCAGGAAAUCGUUCGAGUUCUUCAAUGACCUUUAUCACCGGUUCCUGUUGACCCCAAAGGUGGCAAUGAAGUGCCUCUGCUUGCAGGCCAUGACCCUUGUGUAUGGCCUGCACCAUAAGGAUAUUGGUCAGUUUAAUGACACACGGUACAUUGUGACCAUGUUGGCUCGCACUUGUGAUAAGCUGGAGAGGGACAGGCUACUCUUGUUCCUGAAUAAAUUAAUACUAGAGAAGAGCAACGUUCGGGAGGUUGUGGAGGCUGGGGGCAUACGCAUCCUGGUGGAUCUCCUGACACUGGCUCACCUACAUGUGAGCCGUGCCGUCACCCCAACGCAAACCAAUGUGAUAGAGGCGUCCCCUGACAUGGCCCGGGACUCAGAGAAGGAGUGGUACUACCAGGGAUCCACCAAGGAGCGUGCAGGACCAUUCAGUUUCAAGGAGUUGAAGGACUGCUGGGCUAGUGGUGCCCUCAGUCCAAAAACCCUCUGCUGGGCCCAGGGAAUGGAUGGAUGGCACCCCCUUACUAGCAUUCCCCAGUUGAAAUGGUCCCUGGCAGCUACGGGGACGCCAGUAAUGACAGAGAGUGACUUGGCCACGCUGGUGCUGAACAUGCUCAUCACCAUGUGCAGGUAUUUCCCAUCACGCACGGAGGACCAGGCAGUCAUCCGCCCUCUGCCCCGCAUCAAGAGGCUCCUCUCAGACCCCAUCUCCCUGCCACACAUUGUCCAGUUGUUGCUCACUUUUGACCCGGUGUUGGUUGAAAAAGUAUCAGUCCUUCUGACUGAGGUCAUGCAGGACAACACACAGAUGUCCACAGUUUACACAUCUGGAGUGUUCUACUUCAUCCUCAUGUACAUGGGAUCCAAUGUGCUCCCCAUUGGACACUUCCUUCACAUGUCCCACAUGCAACAAUCAUUCAGGGCUGAGGAGAACAUCGGUGGAGAUAUCAUGCAGCAGAGCAUUCUGGGCCAGAUCCUUCCUGAGGCCAUGGUCUGCUACCUAGAGAAUUACGGGGCUGAGAAGUUUGCAGAGAUCUUUUUGGGUGAAUUUGACACCCCAGAGGUUAUCUGGAGCAAUGAGAUGCGUCGCCUCAUGAUUGAGAAACUGGCUUCCCACCUGGCAGACUUCACCCCUCGCCUCAUGAGCAACACCCGUGCCCUGUACCAGUACUGCGCCAUCCCUCACAUCACCUACCCUCAACUGCAGCACGAACUCUUCUGUGACAUUUACUACCUGAAACACCUGAGCGACACAGACCGCUUCCCUGAUUGGCCCAUCAAGGACCCUGUGGCCCUUCUGAAGCGAGUCCUGGCGGCGUGGCAGAGUGAGGUGGAGAAACAGCCGUCCUCCAUGAGUGUGGAGGAAGCCUACCAAGAUUUGGGGCUGGAGCAGGAGAUGCGCCAUGAUGAUACUAAAAUCCGCAAGGCUUACUUCAAGAUGGCCCAAAAGUACCAUCCUGAUAAGAAUCCUGACGGCAGAGAGAAAUUUGAGCGUGUCAACAAGGCCUAUGAGUUCCUCUGCAGCCGGUCAGCCCAUGCGGUGGACGGCCCGGACCCACGGAACAUCCUCUUGGUCAUCAAAACACAGAGCAUCCUCUUCUCCCGAUACAAGGAUGUGUUGGCACCAUACAAGUAUUCUGGUUAUCCGAUGCUCAUCAAGACCAUCCAGCUUGAGGCUGAUGAUGAGCAACUCUUCAGUAAGGAGACAUCACUUCUGGCAGCUGCAGCAGAGCUCACUUACCACACAAUCAACUGCUCUGCCCUGAAUGCUGAGGAACUGAGGAGGGAAAAGGGACUUGAGGUGCUACAAGGUGCCUACAACAGGUGUGUGAGUGUGCUAAAUGCCAGCAGCAAGCCCAGCGAUGUUGCAGUGCAGGUGUGUGCCAACAUUGCCCGCUGCUACACUGCUGCGGCCUCCUUCCCCAUGUGCCGGGAGAAGCUCAUAGAGAUGUCACACUUCAUCAAGGACCUCUGCCACACCCUCUACUUCAAGUCAUUGCUGCGUGUGUGCCUGGUGGGCGUGGAGUGUGUGUCAGCAUUGGCCAUUGACCAGAUCCUGCAGAUGAACCUCCUACAAGCAGGGAUCCUGUGGCACCUCCUGCUCUUCCUCUUUUCCUAUGACUACACCUUAGAUGAAGGUGGAGUCAGCAAGAGUGAGGAGUCCAACCAACAGGAGCUGAGCAACCAGUUAGCCAAGCUGGCCCUGUAUGCAUGUGGCCGGCUGGCUGGCGUGUACACCGAUGAAGCUCGUGCCACCCCGCCCAAUACAGUCAUCCAGACGGUGCUACAGAAGCUCCUCACACCAUACAUCACCUCCCUCAUUCCCACCAGCACAUCCGAGGAGGUGCUCAAGAUCCUAACAAGCAAUAUGGAGACUCCUUAUCUCAUCUGGGACAACGGAACACGUGUGCAACUCAUCGACUUCCUCUCCACCAACCAGCAGACCCACGUUCGCACCGGGCAAUCUGACCCUGAGUACGGAGCGACCUUUGAGUUUGAUGCUCACAAGGACGAGCUUAUCAUUGGCGGAGUGUUCAUCAGGAUCUACAAUGAACAGCCCACCUUCCCUAUUCAGAGGGCCAAGGAGCUGACACUGGAGCUAUUACAGUACAUUGGAGGGGAAACUCAGUACGUCCACUCUCUGCUGUCCCUCUCAUCAGCUUCUGUGUCACACCCAAGACUGGCCAGGGUUGGGGAUGCUCUGAGGGCCCUGGUCAAUGUCAUCAAGAAUAAUCCCGGACGAGAUCGUAAAGGCUCCCCAGAUGGUGAACGGGAACCAGGGGUUGAGAUGCAGUGCAUAGGGCACUUUAAGCUGCUGUUCUCCCUGCUGCGCCUGGAGGGCUGUGUGGCCGUGCAGCAGAGUGUGUUGGCCGUGGUGGAGGGAGUGACUGGCAAUGCAGAAUGUGUCAGUGAUAUUGCUGCCUCAGAGGUGCUGGUGUACUUGAUGCUUGCUCUGCACUCCCCUGCCCUUGUGGCUGACCGCCUAACUGCCCUCAACAUUCUCCACGCCCUCAUGUCCAACACCAAGAUCGUCAAGGAGGCUCUCAAUAAAGGUGGAGUUAUGUAUCUCCUCAACCUUUUCUGCUCCUCGGACGAGGGGGAUGUAAGGGAGAAAACUGCCGAGUUAAUGGGAAAAAUGACAUGUGACAAACUGGUUGGGCCGAGGGUGAGGCUCAUCCUCCUCAAGAUCCUGCCAGCAGCCCUUGUGGACCAAAUGAGGGACUCGCCAGGCACAGCUGUUCACAUGUAUGAGGCACAACAUGAGAACCCUGAGCUGAUAUGGACAGAUGACUCAAGGGAGAGGGUGUCAACAGUGGUGGCUCGCCUUGUAGAGGAAAUCCAUGUUCAACAACAUGAAGAUCCAAAUGUUGUGUGGAAGUUCCCCGAGGACGUAUCAUUAUCUUCCACUUCUGGGGAGGUGGUGGUAGGAGGGGUUUACCUGCGCCUUCUGGUAUCAAACCCCACGUGGGUGCUGCGGAAGCCCAAGACCUUUGUAUCGGAUCUUUUUGACGCCCUACUGGAUCAGAUGAACAAAACCAAUGAUGGUGACACGUUUGAGUUGGUGUUGAAUGCAGUGGUGGCAGUGAUGACUGCUCAACGUUCUCUGCUUGAGUACCUGCCUCAGCUCGGCCACAUCCCGAGGGUGGUGGGUCAGCUUCCCUCAAAAAAUGUAACUGUGGUGCGGGCUGCCACACACGCCACACACCAGUUCACCUGUAGUCAGGUUUGCAUCAAUGUCCUUGAGGGAACAGAAGUAGUGGCUGGCCUGGUGUCUGCCAUGAAGGCUCGACCUGAUGUGGUUGGGGUGGCCUGUGAGGCCCUCCACAAUCUCUUCUCCACAGGGGAGGUGGCAGCUGCAGCCUUUAUUGAUCAGGGCCUCAAGGCCAAUGUGAUACCAUUCCUCCUUUCCCUGCUUGGCUCAACACUUGAUGCAAAAGUUCAAAAACCAUCCUCAACUAAGGCUCAGAUUGUGGUUUGUUUAAAAACAAUGGCAGCAUCUCCUCAGCAUGCUGAAGAGGUGACGGCCCUGCUGGAGAAGUCCUCUGUGUGGGCACAGUACCGGGACCAAAAGCAUGACUUGUUCAUAGAGGCUGCCCCCACUGUUGCUGGGAGCCUGAUGGGGGGCCCAGGCAUAGCAGGCUCCAUCACGCAGGGCCCUUCCCGCUCCAUGCCCUCCACCCCACCCUCCAUCACCAACACUCGCAGACUGCCACAAAUUCCCUGAAGGAAACUGGUCUAUCUUGAGGUUAUUUUUAUAAGUCGUGAAUUUACAGAGUGUAAGAGUGAGUUUAUAUGACUUUUUCAUUUGAGGAUUCAUGAUGAUACUAGUGUGCUUGUAUAAAUGGCCUGUGGUUUGAUGUGUGGAAACAAAGAAAUUAAUGUUUCAAGAAUAAUGAGGGAAAAAAUUGGUUUUGUAUUUAUGAAAUGUAGCAACCAUUUGAUUGUGUAUAUUAUAUUCAUAACUGAAGUUACUAUAAGUUUCAACUAAAGAAAUCUUGCUCUGCAUCACAGCAAUAUAUACCUGACUGCCAAAUACCUCUCCAAGUAUUGGACUUCUUCAAUAGAGGUCUACUCUUGGACAUGUAACCUAAGGCUCUCCUAUUUUGAUAUUAGUUAGUAGGGAGCUACUGUUGUUUAUAACAGCAUAUUAAUAUUUGAAAUAUGUAUCUUUAACAGUCAUUUGCAGUGUUGCUGUGCAUCUUACCACUUUUGGGACACUGAUCAAUCACACCGCAGCAAAAAGAGAAGCACAGUACACUGUUUGUUACUUGUGAUAUGCAUUGAGAAGGUGAUCCUUGGAAGUGAUUUCAGGUUGGUUUCUUUAAAAGUAACUUUCCCAUUCACUUACAAAAGAAGCUGGCGUUUUUACACUAAUUCUCGUUAUUUUCUUUUUAAGAUCAGAGAAAUUAUAAAAAAAUUGGAACAUAUCACAAUUGACUACUCUAAUAAAAUGUGAUUGCAUCAACUUAUUCAUAAUGUAGCACAUGUUAGCAACUGAUAGUUGUCUGGUUUGCUGCUUGGCUUUAGCAGGGGCUGCUUGAUCCCACAGUGUUUAUAUAUUGUUACAAAUGUUGAUCUCAAGUUACCUCUGCCAAGUCUGCCUAUUGUAUGUAUAAAUGCAUUUUCAUUCAUCAUCACUAACUUCAUCUUAACCAUUAACGUUUGAAAUGUUUCAUAUACUUAAUGAAAAUGUGGGAUCAAGAGUAGAAAGUUCUUGAAGACUGAUAGUCGAGAUCCUAACACAACCAAUUAUCAUUUUAUGAUUUGUGUUUUGAAAGUUGUUGAAAUAGUGAGAAUAUAACAGAUUUCCAUACGAUGUUUUACUCAUUUGAUUAAAUGUAGAGUAAGAACUUUAUAUUUAUCAUGACUGUACUCUUCACUUAAAAAAAGAUCAUUUGGAAGAAUUUAUAUGAAAACCACAACAAGAAGGAGAUAAAGAAAGUAUCUAGCAUAAACAAAAGUAAGGAUCUACAAUCUUCAGUAACUAAAAAGAAAAAAAAUAUGAAUGUAAUAAAAAAGUAGGGGAUAAAUUCCACAAAUUAAAGGAAAAGUAAGGGUCUGGAGCUUAGUAAUUUUCUCAGUGAUGUAGACAGAACACAGAGGUGAGCCAGCCAGAAUACUUGUGGGUUGGGUUGUCACCAGUAUCCAUCUUAUAAAUAAUUUUCAUGUGUUUUUUGCCCAGAAAAUGUAAAGGCCAGUUUAUUUUUUUAGGCCUGUACUAUUUAUUAAGACCUGUACUAUUUAUUAACACCAGCAGUUUACCAGUCUCAAAAAAAUAUGACAAAGUAGCAAUGAACCAUUAUCCAUUUACACACUGAUAGAGCAGAUUAUUCAACUAAUGUCCUUUUUAAAUGAUUGAAGGUUAAUAUCUUCUUAAGUAUAUAAUAUGGCUAGAGGAUCAUCAGCUAAUCAUGGUUUUUAUUAGAGUAAAUUUGAAUGUUUGUUCUUUUUUGUGUAGCAUUUCAUGGAACAUUUUCCUCCAUCUUAGUGACAAAUAUUUUUUUCUGUUAUACCUUGAUUCUCAGUGAUGUCAGGCAUGAUCUAAGUCAUGGUCUUCCAAGGGACUCUUGCCUUUCCCAUCAAGUGAGUCUCAAGCACCAUACUUAAUAUUCCAAUUUUACAGUCACUCAAAAUUUAAAAAUAUGUGAGCCUUACUAAUUUUGCUGAAGUUCACUCCCAAUUUGACAGUGGAGAUGAACAUUUCGGGAAUUUAAGUUCAUUUAUAUAAAGUUAUGUAGUUAAGUUACCUAAGUGGCAGUACAACUUGAUUCUUCCUAAAACAUGCAUUAAGAGUCCUCCAAAUUUAUCAUAAAAAACACAAGGAUCAGAAAAUAUUUCCCUAGAAUUCUAGUUUGAGGAGUAAUUUUAGCGCUCCACUUUCCCCAAAGGGCUCUGAACAUUGGAAUAUAGCUCCAAGUCAUUUGACCACUAAAUAAAUUAUAAAGAAAUAUUAUCCUGUGAAUAAAUGAAGUGACUUUGAGGCUGAAGAAGGGAUGCUAAUCCUACAUGUGAUCAUCAGUAAGGUGUGAUUAGAAAAACUGUUAAUUGCUAUUACAUAUACAAUUUUUUCACUGGAUAUAUAUAUUUUUUAUUUAUUUUUUAUUUUUUAUUUUUUAAGCAAGCACUGGACCUCAUCCUUAUGUUUCUUAUUUUGACUAGGAAGUGAAGGCUGAUGAUUUAGAUAGCAACAAAAUAAUGGAAAAAAUGAGUCCCUUUUGAUCAUGGUUGCAUCUGUUACUUCUGACGACAUAAAUCCCUUUCAUAGUUAUGACUGGCAGGUUGUUUAAGUUCAUUACUGAAUGACGUGUUUUCUAUGUUGUAUGUAUAACAUUUUUUUAUUUAUCAAGUACUGUCAGUAUUAGAUGUUCAUUUUUUUCACAUUCUAACCAUUUUUUAUCAAAAUAGUAGUCCACCAAUGCUUGACCCUAAGCAUCAGGCAUGCCAUGGGAGCUGCGUGUCUGACUGUCAACCACACCAUUGAAAAGGCAGAGUUGUGGUGACCAAGGGAGGUGGGGCCCAUACAAAAUAUGCUUCUGUAUGUAUGUCACACAGGGAGACCAGACAUGGGCAUCAAAUAUUCUCCAGCAUGCAGUAGCCUCAGCAUCAGGUUUAUUACUCAAGCCCACACUGCAAAAGAAACAAGCACUAUGUUUACACUUUUGCACAGUAGUGUAGUAAAAAAUUCUGCACCAGAAUAGCCAGUUAUCUUUUGAGCAUAAGUAAAUUACCAGUAUUUUUAAUACAUAUAGUAAUCUGAAAUAAAGCUUUUGAUUUUUUUUCUAUGUAAUAUUUGUACUUAAUGACAGUUUUGAUCCUUGAUUUAUUUUGUGUCCAUGUAGUGCUGCAUUUGUAUGCCACAUACUAUUGGGGCCCAUUGAUGGUAUGGCAAGAUGUGUUAGCAUCACACGAGACCUGUGCUGCUCACCACACUGUUAUAGACAGUACAAUAAUAGGCACAGCAUAAUGGGCAAUGUGGUGGUGAUAGAUAACCCUUUACUGUGUAUAAGGGGAAAGGAGAUGUAGGAUUGGAGCUACUAUGUCAUUCCCACCGCUAUGCUGGUGCCUAUCGAUUGUUAGCUACGCAUCUGUCCACUCAAGGCAGAUUAAUGCUGAAUAUUUAUUUCCACCUUCCUUCAUUGUACCCCAGUACUCCUGGAGAGCUUGAGAUCUGUCUGAAGAAGCACAUUCUUGCUUAUACUAAAUGUUUGAGAAUAGUGUGCAGCAUCUGUGCUGCACAGAUUUCCAUGCUGCCAUUGCAGCAGUACAUUGCCCACUUGCAGGCAUUUAUACACAUGUAACUAUGCUGGGAGAAAAUUGGUAAAGCACAUAUUUUUUGUCCUUAGGGAAUAUAUCCCUAUCCAUUUAGAUCUCUUCACAACAGGCAUCAUAAUUUGAAACAUAUAAUCUGCUUUCAUAAUAAUAUCCCCAUAAUAAAUUAAUUUUGGCAGUUUGUAAUGAUCAUUUGAAGUACUUGGUGUUUUCUUGUUGAACUUAUCACUGUGUUGAAUACUGAAAUUUCCUUGCCAUUACUGACCAUGUUUUUUCCUCCCUCUCUCCCUAUCCCCCUUUUACCAUGUAGUGUCUUUGUAUCUUAGGAUAGAAGCAGUCCCCAAAGGGAAUAUUAUGAAGGCAAACCCAACUGCUAGUGUCUUUAUAUAUGUGCUUUUGAUUUUUUAUUUAAUUUAUUUACAAACUAAAGCAUUCCUUUGAAUUAUGGAAAAUGAAAUGAAGCUAUUUUCACUAAUGCUCCAGGACAGGCGUGCAUCACACUACACCGCUGGAUCAUGACUGAUUUAAGUACGGUUGACCAGUUGUUGUAAGGGCCAUGCACUUGUCUUGCACUGCUGUCUGUAUGGGCUUCUAUGGCUGUGCUGAGAGGAGGCAGACAGUGGUAGCAUCUCCAUGUUUCUCACUCACUCAUGUCAGUCAGUAUUCAGGUAAAGAAGACCAAGUUUUUAACGGGGGUAUACGACAGGUGAAAACGUAUAUGUAACUUCAAAAUGAACCUUAGGGAAGAAAGAGUCUCAACAGAGUAACACUUCAUAUCACCAGAGGAAGCCACCAAAAUUUCUCUGCAUUCUAUGAAGUUCCACAAAUGAAAAGUUGGUUAACCUGUUGUCCUGGAAACCAAGCUGUAGUCUGCUAUGAAGUGGGUGGUGGAGGGAACGUGCUGUGUGGGUCCACUGAGAGAUCUGUUAAGGUAGAAGAAAGCUUUCCUGUGAUGUAGACAAAGCUGAUGUAGCAUAUUGUAUAUACCUGAUUUUUAUAAUGAAGUUGUCUAUAUAUGAAUAAAGCCACUUAAUCACUGUGACCAAUGUUCAGUUACUCUCCAAUUUGUUUUUAUGAGUGCCCACUUGUUGAGUGCAUGCUGGUGAGGACCUUCCACUGAGGUUUAAAAAGUCAGUAGUGUAUUUCCAGCACUAGCUAGACAAUUAUUUUUGUCUAUAAACUUAAUAAACUGUAAUUAUU